AAGUGAAGUUGCAAGAAAUGGCGUCGCAAGUUGUUUUUUAUUCUAAAUAAAUGUGUUUCUAAUCGUUUUAAAUGUUUUAUAGAUUUGAUCGCGUUCAUAGUGUAUAAUUAGUAAGUGCCGUUGAAGUUUCAUUUACGAAUUACGGUUACUUAGCUGAGUUUUGGUAAUUUGGCUCUGAAACAAUGGCGUCCAAGGAGCCCUUGCAAUCCAAUGUAAAAGUAGUAGAAAAUCGAGAAUUCAAUGAAGAUUAUUCCACAUCCAUCAUAGAAAUAGAUGCCGGUGAGGGUACUAAGCGUCGCAGAAUGACUCACAACUAUAGAAGACUUUCGAAACUGGGAUACGAUCCAAGUAUGUCAACCAAUACGAAACUUAUCCAGUCUUGUGAUGGCAAAGGUAAAAAGCGUAAGUACAGCGAGGACUCUAAAGAUCUAUGUGUAUGGGGUGAGAGCACUAGACCAGCUAAAUUGAGCAAAAUAUGGCCAGUGUUCGACUCUGGAGGGUACGGGGAUGCGACAAUGUUGACCCUUCAUGUUCUGAAGAAGACUUCUCCAGCACAGAACGCAUUACUCCACAAUAUGACAGAAUGCGAUAUAGGUUUACAGGAGCCAUUCACAGCAGAUUGGUUCGGAGGUAUUAACGUAAGUUGGAGACAAGCCCAACUAGCACAGAAGGUCCCGUACGAUGAUGUGACCAAGCGCAUCUUCUCAUCUGUAUCUCGUCAGCUGAAAAUCAUAAACACACAUCUCCAAAGGUCUAUGUUCAGAUACAAGUAUCCCAGAGUGACAAGGUCGAAUGUCCUUCUAGAAUGUUCGAAUUCUCGACGUCCGGCCACUCAUUUCAGUAUGUCAUUAAAGGCUAUAAGGUUUCAAUCGACGCCGCGGAGGGAGUUACCUUGUUAUGGUAACCUGGAGUUGCCGCUGAAGAUCAAGCAGGAGCCUACAAGUCAAAUGUUCCCAGCUAUUGUUAGGAGUGUACAGACAGACAGUGAUAAAGUGCAAGGUGUUAAGAUUAAAGUGGAAAGUGAUAAAGUGAAAGUAGAGAGGGACAGGGAACGCGACAAGACCAAGGAUAAAGAAAAGGAUAGAGAUAGGGAAAGAUCGUCACACUCGUCUCGGCACUCGUCGUGCCACCGCUGCCGGCGGCGUGCGCGCAUCAAGCGCUGUUCCAUCGGCGUGCAGUGCCGCCGCGACCGCGCCGUCGCCGCUAACAAUACCACAGCACCCACCACGCCCACCACACCCGCCACGCCCACCAUGCCAGGGGCCUCGCAGGCCUGGGGCACGCUCACACUUGUCGAAAACCCCGAUAUAAAAGGACUCAAGUAUCACAGGUUAAUGCACGUGGAGAAGCACCCGAACGGUGGCGCCAGUGUGUUGUACCUGCACCAGCGGGACGUGGACAUGCUUGCUGCCCAUCAGCAGGAGUCCCUCGCGAAAGAGUUCCUCAAGCUGGUAUUCUCAGAGGACAGCGAAGGUUGGGCCCACUUCGUGUGCGGCGUGGUGCGAGGCGCGGCCGCCAGGCUGCCCUGCUUGCUGCGCUACCUGGCCGACGAGCACCCCAACCUCACAGUCAAAGCUGGCGUACUAGCCCGUGCGUCAGACAUUGAGACUACAACCAUUAGCAGAUAUUAUCAACAGGUGCAGCAGUCGUACGCGGCGGGCACGUUCCGUUGCGGGCCACUGCACCAGAUCUCGCUGGUGGGCACGGUGCACGAGGAGGUGGGCGGCUACUUCCCCGACAUGCUGCACAUGCUCGCCGACUGCCCCUUUCUCAAAAUGACAAUGCCAUGGGGCCCCAUGUCAGCGGUCGAGAUGGAGCCUCAGGAGUCCAACGAUGGGCCUAUACUGUGGAUUAGGCCUGGAGAACAAUUGGUGCCUACCGCCGAGCUAGGGAAGAGUCCUAUUAAGAAACGACGGACGGGCAUCAACGAGCUGCGCAACCUGCAGUACCUGCCGCGCUACAGCGAGGCGCGCGAGUUCCUGUUCGAGGACCGCACGCGCGCGCACGCCGACCACGUCGGCCACGGGCUCGACCGCAUCACCACCGCCGCCGUCGGUGUGCUAAAAGCGAUCCACUGCGGUGACGAGUCGGACCGCGGCCGGAUCACCAAGGACGUGGUGGCCUUCCACGCGGCCGACUUCAACAAACUGGUGCAGUUACUGCAGCUUGACCUGUACGAGCCGCCCAUAUCGCAGUGUGUCACCUGGCUAGAAGAAGCUAAACUCAAUCAGCUGAGGCGGGAAGGUGUCCGGUACUCCCGCCUGCCCCUGUGCUCGGAUGACAUCUACUUCCUGCCGAGGAACAUUAUACACCAGUUCAGAACCACCUCGGCUGUCACCUCUGUCGCGUGGCAUCUUCGACUGAAGCAGUAUUACCCAUCGUCGGAGGCGUCCUCGCCAGCGGACGAGAGGCCGCCCAACCCCCAGCCUAUACCGAGUGAACUCGUCACCGAUGAAUCGAAGAAAUCCACAACUAAACACAAGUCUGGCGUUAUAGAAAUGAGGGCGUUAAGUGCGAAAUUCAAAGAGAAGCCCGCUUUGAAAUUAACAGAGGCGAGGAAAAGUAUAGAGGUUCAAGUGAAAACGGAGAAACAGGUGGACGAGAAGAAGGAGAGGAAACCAGAUCCUAAAAUCGAUAGAUCUGAGCUGAAGACGGAGCGAAGUGAUCAGAAGGAGAAAACUGAGCAUAAGCCAGAACGGACCGAAGUAAAAACGGAGCGUACUGAGGUAAAAACUGAAAAGGUAGAAGUGAAAUCUGACAGAAUCGACCACAAAUCCGGCAAAACGGACCAAAGAGAUAAGUCUGAGCAUAAAACGGAUAGAAUAAAACAGAGGCAUGAAAAGACUGAGAAACCCGAACGGAAUGAUAAGUCGCAUAAGAACGAGGUCAAAGUGGACAAGGUGGAGAAAUCGGAGAAGAAUCACACGCAUCGACACAAAGAGCCGGAUAAACACCGGACGGAGAGCAGGCCCGACAAACUGCAGCACGAUCACCACAAGCGGCAUUCGUCUUCUCGCUCGCACAAAUCGUCACAUAAGUCCGACCGGCCGAGAGAACACAAGGAGCACAGGAAAGAACACAGAAGCGACGAUAGGAAGUACGAGAAACACAGUAAGUCUGAUAUUGUGAAAGACGCCAAGUAUUCAGAACACAAACCGACGGCGGACAGUGUCAAGUUACCGCAAGAAGUGGUCCAUCGACCUCCAGAUUAGUGAAUCGGACUUUACUGUUUCGAGUGAGUGUUGUGCCAGUUUGCAAGACAAAGGAUUUUGGACUUUAGUGUUAACAAGUUUAAUUUAUAUUUUGGUUGAAAGUUGAUUCUCUGAAAAUAAUGUCAAUUUCGACAUAAAUCCUAUUGUAAUCUCAAUCAAUGAUUCUUUUUUAAACAGGUACACUUAUUAUAGCAUACAUAGGUAUUUUACCACAUUGCCAAGUGAUAGAAAAAGGAUAGAGUAAUAAUAUGGAUGGUGUUUGUCAUUUCCGUGGAAGUACAUGUAAAAGUUAUUGUAUUGCUAAUUAGCAUCAUUUCCAGUGGGGCUACCAUGAAUCACCAAACCCGAACUUCGUACUCGAAACGAAAUGUGACCGAGAUAAGUAAUGUAAAGCAACCAUGCAGUAUCUUUGGAUUAAUUUCGGAUAAGGACCAUAAAACAUGUUCGGAAAUGAUAAAAGAUGACAGGUCUUUUGUCAUUCGCUAACGAAUUUAUGGAAAAAUAAAGUUUAUAUAAAUCAAUUAAAUAUAAAUAUAAAAUUAUAUAAAAAUUCAUAAUUAAACUUAAUUUUUAUUUUUAAUUUAUUAAUAAAAUUAUUUUAAUUUAAAAGCUUUUGUAGGUCAUGGCUAAGAUGAAAGAUUAUACUAUUUCCAUAGAUAAAAAAACUUCUAAAUUAAUUUAUCACCAACAUAUUUCGCAUUUAAACUCUUGAAGUUUACCAUGAAGGUGGAAGAUUGAGAAAUAAACAGAAGAAAGGGCAUUCCGCCCUAUUUUCUACUAAAAUAUUUCAUAUUUACAUGAUCGCAAAAAAUAUUUUUUAUUAAGCACGAAUCGCAAAUAUAUGUCAAUGUAUUAAAAUUUUAUAGUAUAAUUACAUUUAAGAUUACUAUAAGUUUUCCAUUAAUACAUUAAGUUCUUUACACAAAUGCACGUAAUUUACAUAUGUGUGGGAGGUUAUUUGCAAAUAUCUAAGUACCUAUUUAUAAAAUUUCAUACUAUCUACCUACGUUUUUAAUGAUUUCUAUCAGGUUCGCGCUUUACAAUUUGUUUAUUAAACAAGAAAAGUAAAUUAACUGUACAAGUAAUACAAGGACAUAUUAUAUCAAAACAAUAAACAUUUUUAAAUAUCAAUUAGUGUAACUUUUAACGUUUCACUCUAAAUUCGUCAAGACUGCAGUAUGGGGUUCUUCAAAAAGGACAUAUUAAGGUUUCUUCAGGGUCGGCAACGCGUCCCCUAGUAUUGCAGGCGUCCAUAGACUACAGUAACCGUUGACCGUUUACCAUCAGACGGGCUGUAUGCUCGUUUGUCACCUGUGAUAUAAAAAAAAUCCGAAAAUAAAUUACCUCUUGAGUUUUCGUGUAAUUUGAGGUUAAUAUCAAGAAAAACGUGCUGUCGGUUUCGUUCGUUCGUACGCUCUAUGGUUGCGUUUACAACGAAGGAAUUAACGUCACUACUCGUCUUUGUGUUCCAUUUUAGAAUGUUUCGUGGUACGAAUUGUACGACAUUUUAUUCCGAAACUUCGUAUUUACCGUUCAUGGUAGCCC